AUGAGUGAAAAUGAGUCUAUGUAUGGGACAAUUUUGUCUCAAGAAUCCAUCAAAGUGAUAGCAGAGAGUAUUGGUGUUGGCAAUUUCCCAGAUGAAGCUGCAAAAGAUCUUGCAGAGGAUGUUAGUUACAGGUUAAAAGAAAUUGUUCAGGAUGCUGCAAAAUUCAUGAGACACGGAAAACGUCAACGAAUGACUACACAUGACAUAGAUCAUGCACUGAAGAUUAAGAACAUUGAGCCAACAUAUGGUUUUUUUGCCAAGGAUCACAUACCAUUUCGCUUUGCAUCAGGUGGUGGUAGAGAAUUGCAUUUUGUAGAAGAAAAAGAAAUCGACCUUAAUGAAAUUGUAGCUACAGCUGGUGGACAGUCAUGGCCAAAGCUACCUCUAGAAAUUACAUUACGAGCUCAUUGGCUAUGUAUUGAUGGAGUUCAACCUACGAUACCAGAAAAUCCACCACCAGUAUCAAAAGAUUCCCAGAAAUUGGAAAGUGUUGAUCCGACUAUUAAGCUUUCAAGUAAAAAUCAAAACAUUGGCGUUGGUAAACCAGGUGGUGGUGGCAAAAGUCAAAAGCUACGGAACAUUGAAACUGUUCAUGUAAAGCAGCUCGCAACACAUGAACUCAGUGUGGAACAGCAAUUGUACUACAAAGAAAUAACCGAAGCCUGUGUUGGAUCUGAUGAAGCUCGUAGGGCAGAGGCUCUUCAAUCGCUCUCAGCAGAUCCUGGUCUACAUGAGAUGUUGGCGCGCAUGUGCACUUUUAUUGCGGAGGGAGUACGGGUUAACGUAGUACAAAAUCACCUCGCAUUGCUCAUCUACCUGAUGCGAAUGGUCAAGGCUCUACUUGAUAAUCCAAGCCUUUAUUUGGAGAAAUAUCUUCACGAAUUAAUACCAUCGGUUGCAACCUGUAUAGUUUCUCGACAAUUGUGCAUGAGACCGGAGGUAGACAAUCAUUGGGCAUUACGCGAUUUUGCUUCCCGACUAAUGGCGCAGAUAUGUAAAAAUUUUAACACCUCUACGAAUAAUGUGCAAACUAGAGUCACACGUAUGUUUAGUCAAGCAUUGGCAAAGAAUAAUCAGACACCUUUGGCAUCUUUAUAUGGGGCAAUCGAAGGUCUUUGUGAAUUAGGACCAGAAGUGAUUAAAGCUCUAGUUAUUCCUAAAAUUAAGUCCAUCUCUGAACGUAUUGAAUCAUGUAUCGAGGGCCAAGGACUAUCUAGUGUGGAUAAAAAUGGAGCAGGACAUAUCAAGACAUUACUUGUGAAAUCAGUUGCUCCAAUCUUGAAAACAAUAAGAUCGCCACCAGAUUAUGUGGACGAGUAUAAACAGGAUUAUGGAUAUAUAGGGCCUGCAUUGUGCGCUGCAGUUGUAAAAGCUCGCACACAACCGGCUGCUUUAACAACUACAGCUACAACUACAACACUUACCACAAAUCAGCAACAAGGUUCUUCUAAUUGUACAGGAAAAACACUUGUGCAAACAGUAACCAGUUCGAGUACAGGUCAACAACCCGGUCGCACAUUCAUGCUUGGCACAAGCAGAAAUACUGCCGGAACUUCCGCUACCGGUGGACAAAAAUUUGUUAUUUUACAAUCACGCUCGCAAACUCCUACUAUCUCCAAUAUAAAUACCACUAUCAAUACUAGUUCAAUGCAGCAACAACAACAACAACAACAACAACAGCAGCAGCAGCAACAGCAGACACAGGCACAAACACAACAACCACAGCAGCAACAACAGCAGCAGCAAGUUAAAUUGACACAGACUAAUGUCGCCCAACAGAAGACACAUGUACAGAGUUCUACACCGAAAUUAGUUGUAGUGUGUAUGGCCGCUAGUAGUCAUACUAACACAUCAGUGACGCAGCAGGCAAAUCUUACGGGAAAUUAUAAUAUAUAUAUAAAUAAUAUAAAGUAUAUAAGUGUGUGA